AAGAGUAAUUUAAAUGUUACGUGCUUAAAAAUAAGGGAUAAUAAGAUUAACAAUAAUAUGUGAUGAAAUACGGUCGGCGUAGGGCCCGGUUCCAAUUCGUAGACCAGCGACCUCAACGCGGAGUAGGUGAGCACCUUUCAACGCCCGGUAGUCUUUUCUUCCGGUACAUUAACCCUCAUUCUGUUCCACUAGUCGGUAAUGUUGUAGUUUUAUCCCCUCGUUGAGUGAGAGUGAGUGAAACUGUAUUUUAGUCCGUAUCCUAGUGGACGAAGACUUCAGUUUGGAAUCCGGCCCGAGACCAAAAACAGGAAGUUUUCAGAGUUUACGCUCGAGCUAACCGGGGCUACUUCCGCAUUCUCUACGUUUCAACAAGUGUGUGUUUUUUUGAGGGUGGGUGGUGGGCUCGCGAGGACGACCCCUGUCCCCGCAGACGACACGCGACACACCCGGGGGAGCAAUGCGGCCGACGUGUGGCGGUGUUUAACCGAAACGGGCCCGACUAGCUAGCCAAGCUAACGGCAAACCUGGUCCCGAACCACGUAAACACCUGUCGGGGGGGGGGAGCCCCGGUUCUGCGUCACCGGGCCCGGCGGUGCCAGGCAGCACCGUAACAUGAAGCUAUGGAGGAGCGGAAGCUAAAGAGAAAGAGUCCCAGGACCUCCGCCAGCACGGCGGCCCCGACCGGUGGCUCCGGCCGGAAGAGCAACGCUCCCUCCGGGGGACGGCACGUCGGCUCCGGCCACAACGCGGGGACUCACUCCAGCCAAAAGAACAAAAAUAGGAGGGGCGUGAGAGACAAACCCAGGCACCACCUGGGUUUGGGUGGGAGGCCGAAUCAGAACCAGGGCCAGGCGGCGCCCAUCAUCCAGCACUCCUUUCUGACCGAUGUGUCGGACGUGCAGGAGAUGGAGAACGGCCUGCUCAGCCUCCUCAACGACUUCCACUCAGGGAAACUACAAGCGUUUGGCAACGAGUGCUCCAUUGGCCAGAUGGAGCAGGUGAGAGAGAUGCAGGAGAAGCUGGCGCAUCUGCACUUUGACCUCCACAGCGAGGUGGACGAAAUGCCCGAGGACCAGAAGAAAGUAGCCUGCGACACCAACAUGGACAAAUUACUUCUGAACCUUGAGGAGCUGAGUUCGUCAAUUCAGAAACUGAAUCUGGCCGACUCCCAAGAGAUCCCGAGGACUGCGAGUAUGUGAGUCCUCCCUCCUGCACCCCAUCGGACCCGGACCCAGACCCAGACCCGGACCCAGACCCACGUCACCUCGAGGCACGAUUUCUCCUUUUAAGUAUUGUGGCCGCCCAGCAGGAUGGACGUACUGUAAGAUGUCACCACGGGGAUGCACCCACAGCCUUAUUCGUCACUCCCCCCCCCCCGAGAUGGGAUUUGAAUUUCCUCUGAUUUCUCUUGUCUCUCCACGUCGGUGCGUCCCUGUCGGUUCCCUCGUUUCCAAACGGUGAAACGUUGCUCACCAAAGCAGUCGAUCUGAUUAGCGAACUGACUUUAAGCUCCUUUUUAGCGAUUCUCAGAUAUCUGAACUCACUCUGUUGCACUUUGUCUUAAUUGUUAAUAGUUGUCACACAGAGAUAAAUCUAAUCAAAAUAUAGAUGCAGAAAUUAUGUUUAUCAACAUGUAGCUUUAAAUCUAAUGCUAUAUCUUAUUUUAGAGACAAUUAAAAUAAGUUUCCUGAUGACAUUAAUUAUAGUUAGAUCCAAACUGCACUGUUUGAGUCAUAAAACACGCAUACGACAUCAGCGCCAACAUCCUUGUUCAGUGUUAAAUAUAUAUUUGCACAUAUCCAUACGACAUGCACAUCAUCACUUUGACGCUGGAAGAUACUGAAUUAUCUAAAUGUCACAAACAUGCCUUACAUUUUUCAUUUAAUAAUGUUUUGCCUUGUUGGUUCUAACCUUUUUGAAAUGAUUAUUAAUGUAAUAUAUGAUUAUUUGAUGCUGCUUUGAUUGUAAAUCCUACUCUUCUUGUUUUUAACCAGUAUUCUUGUGGGGUUAUUUCUGAAGUGUUUUUAAAAUGUUUGGUGGUUGUAUUUUUAUUGACCUAAUAAUAAAUGUGUUCUCCUGA